AUGGGCACAUUCACCGCCACGUACUUCCUUAAGACGGCCUUCUGGGACAAGAGAGGCCUCUGGACCGCCACCGCCGCAGUCGCCUACUUCGCUCGAUGCUGGGAGAACGCCGGAUACCACAAGGCAGAGAUGAUGAAGGGUCACUCCCGCAUGUACGCCGACCGUGUCAAGCAGCUGCCACCACACGCCGACCUCUGGAAGUACUGA